CCUAAUCAAACAAUUGACCUAUUAAAAUAUGAGCGGGAAACUGAUGUUCGAUUUUCAAACUGGGGUCGGAAAGCCAGCUACAGGUGCGCCAGUUUCCAUUUUCAUUUUUCGCUGAGCGCCGAAGCGCAGAAUGGCAGUUGGCAUCGAGACGUCGACACGCACGCACGUCAGUCGCCGCGCCAUUUUCGACAUGUAACCGAAAAAAUAAUCCCGCAAAAAACCAAACUUCGAACAAAGUGUUUCGGCGGAAAGUGAAGUUCAGAUUUUUUUUUGUUGUGAUGUGCAGUGUAUCAGAAUUUAAUGUGACUUACUUGUAAGUUAUAAAAAAUAAAAUGUAUCUUUAAGAUUUAAGAUAUCGUAAGUCUUAUCUUAUAGCUAUUAUUUUAGAUGCGUCAUAAGGUUUCAAACUGAUAGUGAUAAGAUUGAAUGUAAAGUUACAUCGUGUAUUAAAAACAUAUAUUUUGAGUUUGAAAAACUGUUACAAGUUGUGGUGAAAGUGUUGUCUCAGAACUUUCAGGAGAAAAGUUUGAAGAACUGUUCAGGCGUAUCGCUUCUGCUGCUCGCUCGAAUCCACAAGAUAACAUGUUCCGAAUACAAAAAGCUAAUUAGUUCAAGUUGAUCUUCUGGAGUUGUAUUCCUGACUGAAAUUCUGAACACGCAAAAAGUUAAUAAUUUGAAUUUUUCUUCAAUCAAGCCCACUAAUGAAGCAAUCCAAGGGAAGGAUAUUGAAGUAGCAGCCUCGCAGCCUUCCCCACCAAUAAAACAAACGCCUCCCUCCAACCGCACAACAAGCAAAAACAACCCUUAACUCCUCCUAAUAAGAACAGAAUCGUAAUCACCAAGCCAUCUUCCAAUGGAUAUGCUCAGCACUGGAAAGAGAAUCCAGACUACAUGUCAAUUAAAAGCCGUCGAUAAAUGCAAUCAAGCGAGCCACUUGCUAAGGAGAAAGCUUCACGAGGUUAUAUUCCAGACUUGAGUGUUACCCACAUUUGUAAUUAAAUUUAAUUUGAACCAAUAAUUGCUGAGCAAAUACCAAUACAGAAAAGGCAAAUUCAAUGUAUGGUAUUAUUAGAAAACCGGUACGAAGAAUCAUCGCCCAAGUACGGGACUCGUAUGGCGACUCACAGUCAUAACUCCCACUGUCCACUGCCUAACUUUGUUGCUUUACCUUCGUGUCUUCUCAUACUGGUAUCCUUAGUGCUGCAGUCGCAUUUAGCAUUCGCCUCAGUCGACCCAAACGACAGCGCAUACGUGAAUGCAGAAACCAGCAACUCAACUCUGAACACAACUGGCAACUGGACCCUUCUAGACGACAACUUGACAGUAACCAACGUCCACAUCAAGCACCAGAGAUACUCGACAACCGUUUCUAUACUUCUAGCAAUCGUUUUUAUGAUAGUCAUUUUCGGGACCGUAGUCGGAAACAUACUGGUCUGCAUCGCAGUCUGCCUCGUACGGAAGCUGAGAAGACCUAGCAACUACCUCAUUGUGUCGUUGGCAGUGAGUGACCUCUGUGUAGCGCUGAUGGUAAUGCCAGUGGCUAUGGUAUACGAGAUAUUGGGGACGUGGCCGUUCGGACCUAUAGUAUGUGACUUCUGGGUGUCCAGUGAUGUUUUAUCGUGUGCCGCGAGCAUCCUCAACUUGUGCAUGAUCUCCGUAGACAGAUAUUACGCCAUAACCAAACCUUUAGAGUACGGCGUGAAGAGAACUCCUAGACGGAUGUUGUUCUGUGUGUUCAUUGUCUGGAUGGGAGCAGCCUUCAUCUCUCUGCCACCAGUUCUCAUACUGGGCAAUGAGAAAUCUGACACCUCAUGUUCAGUCUCUCAGAAUCAGGGCUACCAGAUCUAUGCGACAUUUGGGUCCUUCUAUUUGCCUUUGACUGUAAUGAUAGUUGUGUAUUACAAGAUAUUCAGUGCUGCCAGGAAGAUAGUGAAGGAUGAGAGACGUGCGCAGUCCCACUUGGAGACUCACUGCUACUUGGAGAUCAACGUGAAGAACGGAGGAGGGGCCGAGGCGAGGCUCCUGGGGGCCAACCCACCGCCGCCGCCCGCUGCCAGAGGGUCUACGGCUAGUACUAACACUACUUGUAGUGCAGACAAGACUGAAGGCACAAUAGGGCGGUGCUUCUCCAGCGGUCAGCGCAAGUCCAACGAGUCGCAGUGCCCCAUGCUGCAGCAACCGAAGACCCCAACCAAACCCAUCCACACCAUCAACAGAACCCCCUCAAAUCUAGGUCAAAAUGACGUCAAAACACCAUCCAAGGACGGCAGACGACGCCUCUCCUCGGAAAGCAGUCACAAAUCAACAGCUCAUAGAAUUAGGUCAUCCCUUUCAAAUUUCGCUCAUAAAAACCACUUUGCGAAAGAUUUACUGCAGACCACGACGCAAUCGCCGCAUCAAAAGAAACUCCGUUUCCAGUUAGCGAAGGAAAGGAAAGCGUCCACGACUCUCGGAAUUAUAAUGUCGGCUUUCGUAUUCUGCUGGCUGCCGUUCUUUGUACUCGCGCUCGUGCGGCCCUUUGUCGCGGAGGGAACAAUCCCGGACGCCGUGAGUGCCCUAUUUCUGUGGUUAGGUUACAUCAACAGCCUACUUAACCCAAUAAUUUAUGCCACUUUGAAUAGAGACUUUAGAAAACCCUUUCAAGAAAUCCUGUUCUUCAGAUGCUCGAAUCUGAACCUCAUGAUGAGAGAGGAGUUCUACCAUAGCCAGUACGGGGACCCGGAUCAGCACUACUGCGUGAACCACCACACCAAGGUGCAGAGUUAUGACGAAGGAGUCGAAAUAGUGUCGGCCAUAGACAGGGAGGAGACGAGAGCGUCCGAAAGUUUUCUAUGAUCGUCAAUGCCUGAGGUCCACAUCAAAGACCUGGAUACUGUGAUCUAAUUAAGAAUUUUGUAGAUAUAUUAUUAUAGUCAAGUAUUCGAACUUGUUGUUUCAAAAAUGGGCAUUGUGUAAUUUCAGUAAAUACUAGUCCAUUGCUUUAUCGUGUAGAUAUGGUAAUAAUUAAGGUAAGUAAAUAAUUAACGUGUAAGAUUUAAUAUUUAAUAUAAGUAGCAUUUUCAUCUGUGGUAUGUCGUCUGUCAUAGAAUAGUAAUAAGUAUACCUCGUGCAGAUGAAUAUUCCUAGAACUACUAAUAUACCGAAUACACAAUUAAAUGUAUGUAUAAUAAUAAAGCCUAAACUUAUUUGGAGUUGAUUAAAUAGAGGCGUAUCUACGUUUCAGUUAUUUUUUGUGUUUCAGUUAAAACCGAAAAGUUUAUUAUAUUUAUUUUGUACAGAAUUCGUCGUCGGUAGUACCUAUAUUUAUAAGGUUUUGUGCAUCUCGAGCGUUGAUCGGUCCCCUUUCAGUAAAGACCAAAGAGUUUUAUAAAAUAUCGUGACUCAUUUCUUAAAUAUUUAAUUUAAGAUGUUAAAGUUUGUAAGGCCUAACUAACCAUCACGUAUGAUUAAAAAUGUUGGAUUUUAAAAUAAUAAUUAGAUAUAUUUAAUUAAUUUCACUCGGACGUGUCGUUUUAAUACAUUUUGUAGCUGUAGUCUACCAAACAUAUUUAUUUGUUGUAAAGGUUAUAAAGGGUAAAGUGUCAGAGCUACUCAUUUAAUGUACAUUACGGAACAAAUAAUUUAAAUUAUCUACUUACGUAAAAUUAU